UCUCUCUCUCUCUCUCUCUCUCUCUCUCUCCAAUGUGGAACCGAAGCAGAAUCCGUCUUUGGACCACCCUCUUACCAUGUCUUGCACUUCUCUACCUAGCGUUUUCGCUGUAUCACCUGACCUGCACUGUCGCCGGUGCCAUGCCUUACACACCGGUCGAUAAUAUUCUCCUCAACUGUGGCUCUUCUGGCAAUUCAACUUCAUUAGACGGGCGGACCUGGAUUGGAGACGUGGAUUCAAACAAAUUCUCCCCCGUUGAACAAUCACAAAACCAGGCAUCUAUACCCGCCAGCGCAGUACAACAAUCCUUCUCCGCCGAUAAAGUACCCUAUGGAAAUGCCCGGCUUUCUCUCUCCGUGUUCACCUACAAUUUUCCGGUCACUUCCGGCCAAAAAUUCAUUCGACUAUACUUCUAUCCGGCUUCGUACCCCAACUUUGAUCGCUCUAAAGCCCUAUUCUCUGUCAAAGCCGGUCGUUUUACUCUUCUUAGCAGCUUCAACGCUUCACUUACAGCAGAUGCCGACGGUGAUUCGGAGGAUACCAUAUUCAGAGAAUACUGUGUCAACAUCGAGAAGGAUCAGAGGUUGAACCUAACCUUCAUGCCGAGCGGUUCUAAUGCAUAUGCUUUUGUCAACGGAAUUGAAAUAUUGUCGAUGCCUUCGAAUCUCUAUUACAGUACUCCGUCUGACAAUGGGAUUUCUUUUGUCGACCAGCCGAACCAGUACUUGUUCAUCGGUAACGACACUGCUCUCGAGAUGGUAUACAGACUAAAUGUUGGAGGCGGCUCCAUCUCACCCUCUGGAGACACUGGCAUGUUCCGGCGCUGGAGUCAGGACGACAAGUACUUCAGAGCGCUUAGACAAUCUCUUGAAUCCUCUAAUAUAGCUAUUAAACUAAACUUUACCAAAAAUGCUCGUCCGUACACUGCACCAGAUGACGUCUAUAAGACUGCCCGUACUAUGGGGAACGACUCGACAAUCAACAAGAGGUACAAUCUAACCUGGGAACUCCCCGUAGACUCUGAAUUUAGGUACCUUGUUAGGCUACAUUUCUGCGAGUUUCAACCAGAAAUUACUCAGCAACACCAAAGAGAGUUCCUUAUUUUCAUUGCAAAUCAAACCGUUGAGAAAGCAGCCGAUGUGAUUUAUUGGAGUGGUGCAAAUGGUGUUCCAGUUUAUAGAGAGUACGCCUUUUCGAUGAUUGGCAAAGAAGGCGAGAAGAAAAUGAAGGUCCCUAUCGCACUGCAAGCAAACCCGCAAGACUCGAAGACAGAUUACAAUGAUGCAAUCUUGAACGGUGUCGAAGUCUUUAAAGUAAGCGACUUAAGUACUGGCAAUCUCGCCGGAUCCAAUCCAGACCCACUUCCGUUGGGCCCUACAACUGUUGUGCAACCGACGAAGUCGAAGAGUAACAAAAUAACAAUAGUUUCCGUCGUUGGUGGUGGAGUUUCCGGCUUGGUCGUGCUGUCGAUUAUCGGAUUCUUGAUUUUCCGGCGGCGCAAGAAUGCCAAGGACUCAACAGAGACCCGCAACUCAUCUCUACCAUCCAAUCUGUGUCGUUACUUCUCAUUGGCUGAGAUCAGAGCAGCCACUAACGACUUUGACGAUGUUCUCAUUGUUGGUGUUGGGGGGUUCGGUAACGUGUACAAAGGGUUCAUUGAGGGUGGGGUCAACCCAGUGGCGAUCAAGCGGUUGACACCCGGCUCUCAUCAAGGGGCCCACGAGUUCCGGACCGAGAUCGAGAUGCUCUCCCAGCUUCGCUACCUCCAUCUCGUUUCUCUGAUCGGAUAUUGUAACGGUGGGAAUGAGAUGAUCCUCGUCUAUGAUUAUGUGGCCCGUGGGAACCUCCGUAAUCAUCUGUAUAACACCGAUAAUCCCCAUCUACCGUGGAAGCAACGGCUCAAGAUCUGUAUCGGUGCUGCGCGUACACUGAACUAUCUUCAUACGGGCUCAAAGCAAACAAUCAUUCAUCGUGAUGUGAAGACAACAAAUAUCUUAUUGGAUGAGAAAUGGGUAGCCAAGGUGUCUGAUUUUGGAUUGUCCAAAGUAGGUCCUACUGGCAUGUCCAAACCCCAUGUCAGCACUAUGGUGAAAGGUAGUUUCGGGUAUUUGGACCCAGAAUAUUGCAGACGUCAACAGUUGACUGAGAAGUCUGACGUGUACUCGUUUGGUGUAGUUUUAUGUGAAGUAGUGUGUGCAAGGCCGCCCAUAAUGCGUACUGCAGAGAUAGCAGUGGGCCUAGCAAGAUGGGCGCGGGAAAGCUAUGACAAUGGAAAGGUUGAGCAGAUGGUUGAUCCAUCAAUUAAGGGUGAAAUAGGGACUCGAUGCUUGAAGAAAUUUGUUGAGAUCGCGAUGAAUUGUUUGCUUGACAACGGAAUCGAACGCCCAUCAAUGAAUGAUGUGGUGUGGGGCCUUGAGUUUGCAUUGCAAUUGCAAGAAAGUGCAGACGAAGAUGCAGGGCUUGAUGUGGCUCAAAUUGAGGUAAUAUUGGGUGAUGAGAAAGCUCUCUUUCCCAAGUGCACACUUGAUGAUAGUGAUGACAUGUCUAAUAGCAGCAGUGGUCAGGUGUCAAGUAGAAGUUAUAGCAACAGCAGGAGCAGGGUGACCAUAAUGAACAACGAAGUGCAAAGUUUUGCUAGUAACAGUCAGGAUUCGGGUAAACUCAUGUUCUCUAGAACAACGUUAUCUGAGAUUAUGAAUCCUAGCACUAGCAGUCGAUGAAAGAAGAUGGUUGACGAAUUUUUAUUACUGUCUUAUUGGGAGUCAUAUUGCAGAGGAGGACUGGGUUUGUAGUGGAGCAAGAUGAUACUGGCCGGCCGGUAAUGCAUGUAUCCGAUUGAAUCACUUGUAAAGGCGUAAAUUAUUGGGGUUCUUCUUGACUUGGCUAUAUAUUGUCAUAAGUCAGGUCUUAGCAAGAUAUGAAGUCGAAAGAUUAAGCGAGUGUGGAUUUUUUUUU